AUGGCGCACAUGCGCACAAGCUCCCAGGUCAACAAAGACCGCGGCGGCGUGCGCGCGCGCGCACCGGAGCCAGACCCCGAGGACGUGCGCGUGCGCGGCCACGGCGGAGAGGAGCCAGCGGGCCUGAGGAGAGAGGAAAAGGAGGGGCGGGUCGGAGCCGCUGGCCGCCUGAGGAGGUGGAGAGGGGGUUGUGCUCCCGGCCAGCGGAGGACACAGGGGCGGGGCCGGCGAGCGGCGCGUGCAGCCCCCGCGGCCGGCUCGCCGCCUAAGCGGAACCUGUAUUACUUCUCGUACCCGCUGGUCGUCGGCUUCGCCCUGCUGCGCCUGCUCGCCUGCCACCUGGGGCUCCUCUUCGUGUGGCUCUGCCAGCGCUUCACCCGCGCCCUCAUGGCCGCCAAGAGGAGCUCCGGGACCGCCCCGGCGCCCGCCUCGCCCUCAGCCCCAGCUCCCGGGCCGGGUGGCGAGGCCGAGAGCGUCCGCGUCUUCCACAAACAGGCCUUCGAGUACAUCUCCAUUGCCCUGCGCAUCGACGAGGAAGAGAAAGGACAGAAGGAACAAGCUGUGGAAUGGUACAAGAAGGGUAUUGAAGAACUAGAAAAAGGAAUCGCUGUUAUAGUAACAGGCCAAGGUGAACAAUGUGAAAGAGCUAGACGCCUGCAAGCCAAAAUGAUGACUAAUUUGGUUAUGGCCAAGGACCGUUUACAACUUCUAGAGAAGCUGCAACCAGUUUUGCAAUUUUCCAAGUCACAAACGGACGUCUAUAAUGAUAGUACUAACCUGACAUGCCGCAAUGGACACCUCCAGUCAGAAAGUGGAGCAGUUCCGAAGAGGAAAGAUCCCCUAACACAUGCUAGUAAUUCACUGCCUCGAUCAAAAGCAGUCAUGAAAAGUGGAUCCACGGGCCUUUCUGGUCACCACAGAGCACCUAGUUGCAGUGGUUUGUCCAUGGUUUCUGGAGCAAGGCAGGGUCCUGGUCCUGCAGCUUCCAUGCAUAAGGGUACUCCAAAACCAAAUAGAACCAAUAAACCUUCUACACCCACAACGGCUGUUCGGAAGAAGAAAGACUUGAAAAAUUUUAGGAAUGUGGACAGCAACCUGGCAAACCUCAUAAUGAAUGAAAUUGUUGACAAUGGAACAGCUGUUAAAUUUGAUGACAUAGCUGGUCAGGAAUUGGCAAAACAAGCACUUCAAGAAAUUGUUAUUCUUCCUUCUCUACGGCCCGAGUUGUUCACAGGGCUCAGAGCUCCCGCCAGAGGGUUGUUACUCUUCGGUCCACCCGGAAACGGAAAGACAAUGCUGGCUAAAGCAGUAGCUGCAGAAUCUAAUGCCACCUUUUUCAAUAUAAGUGCUGCAAGUUUAACUUCAAAAUAUGUGGGAGAAGGAGAGAAAUUGGUGAGAGCUCUCUUUGCUGUGGCUCGAGAACUUCAACCGUCUAUAAUUUUUAUAGAUGAAGUCGAUAGUCUUCUGUGUGAAAGAAGAGAAGGGGAGCACGAUGCUAGUAGGCGACUAAAAACUGAAUUUUUAAUAGAAUUUGAUGGUGUGCAAUCUGCUGGAGAUGACAGAGUACUUGUAAUGGGUGCAACUAAUAGGCCCCAAGAGCUUGAUGAAGCCGUUCUCAGGCGUUUCAUUAAACGGGUAUAUGUGUCUUUACCAAAUGAGGAGACAAGACUGCUUCUACUUAAAAACCUGUUAUGUAAACAAGGAAGUCCUCUGACCCAAAAAGAACUUGCACAACUUGCUAGUGCUGCAGAUCCCCGGAGGCUGCAGAAGCAGGAACACUGCAGGCUGACGGCAAUGAGAAAUAUUCGAUUAUCUGACUUCACAGAGUCCUUAAAAAAGAUAAAGCGCAGUGUGAGCCCUCAAACCCUAGAAGCAUACAUCCGCUGGAACAAGGACUUUGGAGACACCACUGUUUAAAGCAAUGCCUUUGUAAGCCUGCACAACAUUCUACUUAACAAGAAACACGAGCUUCAGAGAAGUUAUCAGCCACAGGAACUCAGACUUCGUUUACAGGACUUUUUAGAGUUUUCCUUUUUGCGCACCAAACUUGAAGAGGAACAAAAAGACAGACCUAAAUAAAAUAUGCAAUGUGAAUGGAAUUUUUGUUUAAGGCCUUUUUGCCUGGUGGUCAAUGUUUUUUUCAGUGGGCACUGUUAGUUAGAGCACAGCAAAAAUAGAUUCUAGCUCCUUACUGAGAGUAAUCAUUAUGUAAAUAAUAAUUUGUAUAUUGUGUUCAAAUGAAAGUAUUUCAGAGACAGUGACUGGUAGACACAAAGAGCUUGCUGUUGUCUGUCUCCGAUGUUUUUCUUACAACACUCUCUUUUCUGGUUUCCUUUGCUGCUGUUACCUUAGCUCCCUGUGAUUGGAAUACCAAACACUCGGAGUUCUUUCCUGCUUUUCUUACCAACUUCAGUGUGCCAAAUGGAAACCUUUUCCAUCUGCAGUAAGAAAGCUACGCUAAGGCUUUUUUCAACCUAGAUAUACAAACAUUAAACCAUUAGUACUUUCUUUUAUGUUUUGUUUUUCUAUUUUAUUGCCUUGCUGCCAAACAGUUUAGAAAGCAAUAUUAUAGCAACAGAGAAUCUGGCACAACAAAGGUUUGAAGGUUUGAGUCACUCUGUCAUGUAACAUGUAUGUCAGUCCUUCUGUGCCCUGCAGUAUUUUUUUUUCUAAUACACCACAAAUCCCUUGCAGAUUUAAUUUAUUCCAGCUGAAAUUUAGUUUUUGUGUUGGAAUUAUUCUAGUAUUUUAGAGAGCUGAUGUUAAGUGCUAUAAAUUGCACCAGUGUGAAAGAAGGGACAUACUAGGAGGUAACACAUUUCUAGUUUAUUGCUGAUUACUUUCCUAACAGGAUCAUUAAAUGCCAGUGAUACUACCAUCUUUUUACUAAUUGCCAUUCCUUCCAUGAAACUUAAAAAUCCGAAUUUUUCUACACGGCAUAUAUUUUAUAGGUCUCCUGUUCUUGCUUUUUAACUAAAAAGCUCUAGUUUGUUGAUCUACCUUUUGUUUCCAUAAUUGUAUAGUAAUUCUUUGUUGUUUGUAUAAAUAUGGCUGGACUUUUAUUACAAAAAUGCAUUAUAGGAAGUAGAGGCUCAUGUGUGGCCUUUUAAGAAUUGUAUAAAGGCAAAAAUGAUAUUUGCCAUUAGUUUACUGGUUAAAAGUUUGUUUACAGAAAUUUUCUUUGGUGCUUAAAUGAUGCUUUGUAAAAUGUCAUAGGUAGAAAGAAUGGUUUUGUGGUAGUAACACCAUCUUCUCAUGUAAGAAAGAUGUUUGAGGAAAUACAUUAAAACACUUGUCCUCCCCCAGGUAAAAAUUUAUGAUAAAGACUACAUCCUCAGUUUUACUCUUGGUCUUAUUAAAGAUUUUAUUUAAACAUAGAAGAUGGUUUAUUUCUUAGAUGCAUAUGCUGUUUAUGGCUGUAAUUUAAGUCAUCUCUCUUUUAAUCAUGAUUUUAGACAUCCCUGGAUGAUAAAAAUGAAGUUUAGAUAAAUAGGAAAACAAUUUAAACCAAAGCUGUGCAUAUUUUUGGUUCUGACUAGUGUCUGUUUAAGGUUCCAGAUGUUAGAGCAUCGUUAGAGCUUGCUGACGAUGCAAGCCUGUGGUGAUGGUGCAGCAGUUCUAACCCAGAUGUCUACAACAAAGCUUAGACUUCAUUGUGUUUUCGUUUAGGAAGGGAUUGACAGCAUUGCCACUGUUUAUGUAUUGAACAGGCUCCAGGUCAGUUAUUACAAUAGAAGAGUCUUUAAAGUUAGGGUUAGUUUAUGAUUCUUUCCAGAAGAGUUUUAAGAGGUAACAAAAUUUUCCUUUGUCUAAAAGGUGCAGAAGUUGAGUUACACUAAACUGAGUCACAGGGAUCACCGUAUGACUGUCAUCAGUGUGUAGAUGCUCCUUUGUUCAUCAGGCAGGAGGUUCAGCCAGUAUGAGAGAACACUUUCUGUGAUGUCUUAUGACCCAGGUUUAUUUUAGGCUUUUUGUUAUUGUUUUUCAAACAGGGUCUCAUGGAGCCUAAGCUGGCCUAGAACUCAAUGAGUAGCCUAUUCCUCUUUCUGUCUCUACCUCCCAAGUGCUGGGAUGCCAGUGUGCACCCCACACUGGGACGUUUGUUCUUUUUCAGUAAGUAUAGACUUUGCUGGGGAUUUCCAAAUUAACAUUAGAUUUUAAUUUAUAUUAAUUUUAGAUUUUUGUAUUGAGCUCUGUUUAUUGUUCAAGAUGAUGUUUAAAAAGUAAGGAUUGGUGUGUUCGUGUUGACAUGACGGAGUCCUGGUAAGCUCGGUAAACUUACUGAUGACCUAACUGAGCCAGAGGAAAGACUCAAUACCAUCUUUCCAGAUAUGCUAGGGCUACAAAGCUUUCCCGAGACUAGAAGCCAAUUGGAUUUAUUUUCGUCUUUUUGUGCUUAAGGUGUAACUGGACAAACAGAAUUUUAAGUUAAAUUUUAAGUUAAAGAGGUAUUCUUUGUUUAUAAUGUAAAAUUGUUUAUGUGUCAUACAAAACUAACUUUUUUGUAGAAUGAAUGGCUUACAGUUUGCUUUUCGGAUUCUUAAGGCAGAUUAUUUUCCUUUAAAUGUCUGUCUCAAUUUUAGUCUUAACUUUUUACUUCUACAAAAGGAAUGACUUAAAGGGUACAUUCAGCUGCAUAAAAUGGGUUUUUAUCCUAAUUAAUUUUAUUGUAAAUAAAUGAAUGAUAAACUU